GUCAGAACCCUGCUACUAGAGCCUGGAUGUGGCUCUGAGGUUCAGGGUCACUGACAUUGAUAAGACACCUGCGUCCCAGGACUCGGAGGAGAAACGGCUGAUGGACUUGGCGGGGAAUUUGCGCGGGGUUUUACUGAGCGGGAAGAGACUGUUCAAAUGAGGGGGAGGGUAUAUAAAGGAGGGUUGGCCGGAGCCUCCCAUUCUUGGCUUUUCCGAUGUUCAUGUUUCCUACAGUAAAAGUUCCUGGUGAUACCACAAAGAGUCUCGUGUGUUCAUUCAGGAGCGGCUGUGGUGAGCUGACACUAAGCCAAGAAUACGGACACCAUCCCGCUGUAGCGGUGAGGUGUAACAUGCAAGUGGAGGAUGAAGAGCUCUUGGGCGCCGGAGGAGGAAGGUCGGAAAGGGCCACUCCCGAGACGGACGCUGAGUUCCACCAGCUGGCGGCCCUGGCGUCAUCCACCGCUUAUGCCCAGCCAAAUGGGGUAACCCAGAGGCGCGGAGUGGUGCGGGGAGAUAGCACCGGAGGAGAGGAAGGUUCACCUUCCCCAGGCCCGCAAAAGAUGGUGUUUCUGGAGGAGAGGAUGUCGGCGAUGGAGACCACCCUGGCAGUGAUGUCGAGGGCGAUGGAGCGCCUGGCGGUUUUGGCGGAGCCGGAGCGAGGAAGGGAACUCCGGGCUAGCUCAAUGUGGGACGUGAGCAUGGGAAGCAGCCAGGGCUUUGCAGACCUCCCAGCACCGAAGGGAAGGGAAAUGCGAAAGGAGCCCGGUGCCCGGCCCAAGAUCCAAACGAGCCUGACGCGGGUGGAGGAGAGUGACGACGAAGGGGAAAAGCCUCCGAGAAUCCCGGCUACGCUCCCAACUGAGACCCUGGUGCCCCUGGCGAAUGCCGGGCGUGGCACAGGACAAAGGGAAGCAGCAGCGGGGCCCACUGGCCCGCAAGGGGGCUUGCGACGGGCGGAGGAUUGGGGAUUGCCACCACAGGGACCCCUACCGAGACGAGAGGAACUAAGGAUCGAGUUUGGGGGAGAGUCCUCUGAACUGGAUUUUUUCCUGACCACGGUGAGGGGCUAUAUGGAGGACAAUGCCCACACUUUUAGAACGGAAUCCAGCCGGGUACGGGCCAUUGGUGCAGUGUUGAAGAGGGGAGCGGCCAGCUGGUACGUUCAACUACACGCGCGGCGCGACCCAUGUCUGGGGUCACUCCGACGCUUUAUGGGGGCCCUGGAGACCCGUUUCCGAGAUCCACUGGAGCAGAUCCGGGCGAGGGAGGAGUUGAAGACCGUCUCCCAGGGGCAGAGGUCGGUAUCUGAGUAUGCGGAGGAGUUCCAAUGCCUCGCUGAAAAGGUGCCGGAAUGGUCUGCAGUGACAAAGAUAGAACUCUUCAAAGAGGGGCUCAGGCGGGAGAUCCUCUCCUGGGCGGUGCAUCGUGAUGAGCCUGACACACUGCGCGGAUGGAUUCAGCUGGCGGGGCGCAUCGAGACAUCGCUGGCCCAGGCGAGGAGGCACCGAGGAGGGCUACAGCAGCGGCCGCAGAUGAAAGAGGGGAGCCGGAAGGAGGGAUCAACCCCAGCCGGGAGGAGAACGGAGCCGACAGGGAACGUGAGCACCAGCAGGAGGGGCUGCUUCGUGUGCGGCCGUUUGGGCCACAGGGCUGCCGAGUGCUGGCAGAGAAAAGGGGAAGGCGGAGGGCCGCCCAAACCAAGAGCCGUGGCAGGGAAACGCGCCGAGGAAGAACCACCGAUGAGGCACCACUCGGGGGGGUUGGACGAAGGGGAGGAGGACGCCAUGUCAGAACCCUGCUACUAGAGCCUGGAUGUGGCUCUGAGUUUCAGGGUCACUGACAUUGAUAAGACACCUGCGUCCCAGGACUCGGAGGAGAAACGGCUGAUGGACUUGGCGGGGAAUUUGCGCGGGGUUUUACUGAGCGGGAAGAGACUGUUCAAAUGAGGGGGAGGGUAUAUAAAGGAGGGUUGGCCGGAGCCUCCCAUUCUUGGCUUUUCCGAUGUUCAUGUUUCCUACAGUAAAAGUUCCUGGUGAUACCACAAA